CUCGUUCCGUUGAGCCUCUCCUGGGCGGGUUGACAUGGCCCAGUGAUGAACGGAGCGGUGGUGCCCGGUAGCCCGGAGCUUUCCUCCUCGUGCCCACUGCCUGAUUGGAGAGAGUUCUGUGAGCUCCACGCCCGAGCCUCUGCUGCCGAUUUCGCCGACAAGUUCCAGCGCUUUUUGUCUGAGAACCCGUGCUACGACACACCUGGCGCCGAUGCCAGCUUCUCACAGCAUUUCACCAAUCACUUCCUGGAGUGCUUCUCUGCAGCGCUGACCCAAGCAAAGGAGAAGCAAGCCUCCUCACCGGGGGAGGACAGCUGUAGCACGGCACCGAAGUACAGCAUUGUCCCUUUCCUGGGAAUCCAGGGGUGCCCUCUGAACUACGGUCACGAUCUCUACCAGAGGCGCAAGGACACCAGGGCUUCGAGUGAGUCCCUGGACAGUAUGGACAGCGGAGGAGGGACAGACGGUGGAGGCAGCACCAGCACCGCCUCCCGAGGCCCACAAACGACCCACAAGGUGUCUGUUCUCGGACAGUCUCGCAGCUCAGAGGACGUUUCAGUCAGCCACCCAAAGGCUCGCUUCAAGAAGGGCUUCUCCCUGAGGAACAUGAGCCUGUGCGUCGUGGAUGGGGUGAAGGAGAUGUGGCAUAGACGGGCCUCACCUGAACCCGAUGCCCCCACAGGAAACAGGAAGGCAAACGGGGGAGGAGGAGGCGGAGAGGCAGGAGGGGGAGAGAAGUGGUCUCAAAAGCUGCGACUUCCCAGGGGUUCCCAGGGCCACAAGGCAGAGCAGCUGGAGAUCCAGAGGGAGGGGGCGUUGAGGUUCAUGGUGGCUGAUGACACAAACUGUAUGGGUGCUGCUCAGUGGCAGAAGUGUCGCCUGCUGCUCAGGAAGGCGAAGAGGGAGGACGGAGGGGAGAAGUUCCUGCUAGAGUUCUACGUUCCACCCAAGUCGUCAAAGCCCAAAGUGAACAUCCCUCUUUCAGCCAUCGUGGAGGUGAGGACCACCAUGCCACUGGAGAUGCCUGACAAAGACAACACUUUUGUUCUUAAGGUGGAAAACGGGGGCGAAUACAUCCUAGAAACCAUCGACUCACUGCAGAAAAAUUCAUGGGUUGCUGAUAUCCAGGACUGCAUAGACCCCGGAGACAGCGGCGAUGACAUCGAGCUGGCGUCAUGUCCUCACGGUCAGGCCUCUAAAGACUGCUCUAUGGUGGCGUCCUGCAGCUGCGAGCUGCUUUCCGAAGGUGUGUAUCGAGUUCCGGAGAGGUCAUGUCCUACAACAGCAGAUCAUUACAGUGCCCCCUCAGUUCGCUGCAGGGAACUUCCCUUCACCCAGCACCCGUCACACAUGCCUUUAGAGCGCUUCCUCCAGUCACCUGAGGCCCAGAGCUCCAACUCAUCUGCAGGCGGUGGCGAAGGAGCUAAAGAAUCAGAUGGUGAUGCCAGCUUGAUGGGCUACCCGUGGUUCCAUGGUACGCUGUCUCGUGUGCGAGCGGCUCAGCUGGUGCUUGCUGGUGGAGCCAGGAGUCACGGGCUCUUUGUGAUUCGUCAGAGUGAGACGAGGCCGGGCGAGUACGUUCUCACCUUCAACUUCCAAGGCAAGGCCAAGCAUUUGCGUUUGUCUGUGAACGAGAACGGGCAGUGCCACGUCCAUCACUUGUGGUUCCACACUGUGACGGACAUGCUGCGACACUUCCACGCCCACCCAAUCCCCCUUGAGUCCGGAGGCUCUGCUGACAUCACGUUGCGCUCAUAUGUGCAGGUGCAGCGAAGCUCCAUGGCAGUUGCCACAGAUGUGACUGCGCCUCCAGUUCUCACUCCUCCCAGUGCAGCCUGCAGGACCGAUUCAGCCCCACCAGCUCUUCACCCUCCUGGGAUCACUGCUCCUGCAGGGCCCUCUUCAGACGCCCCCCUCUCCUCGAGCACCUCCUCCUCACCCACUGCCCUUCCUUCGCUCUCCAGAAGCGAUCCAGGUACCGGAGGAGGUGUGGGAGGAGGCCUACAAAGCCGGAGCAACAGCUCUGAACGCCUGCUGGAGGCCUCUAGUGGCGCCUCUGAGGAUUAUCACGACGCCGAUGGGACUCGCAGGGCCCGAGCUGUGGAGAACCAGUACUCGUUCUACUAAAAACGACCCGGAUCAGAGCUUGAGUGGUUUAUUUUCUGUCUGAGGAAGAUGCAAGAACAUUGAAGUGACACAGAGCACUCUGCACACAA